UAUACUGUCAUACAAUGAUAACGAUCGACUUGUACGAUAAACGCGGCAGCAGCAGCUGACUAAAAAAAAUGUAUAAUGGAUUCUAUGCAAGUCAAUCGCGGUUUCAUACUGUCGCCGCCAAUAAACAUUUCAAUUUCAACAAUAGCCGAUAGCCCAGACUAAAACGGUUUUAAACUAUUAUAGUUCAUACACUAAUCUUUAGUCGUGUAGUGUGGUUCCAUGAGGAAACAUGGAGUUUUUUGCUGUCACAAAUGGUUCGGACAAAAACCGACGCUAUGUUUACGCUUUAGGCACUACUCAGUAUUCAAUUUCUCAUGACUAGCUAAGACUAAAACGAAAGGGGAAAAAUGGGCCAAUUAUCGCGAAGUUCGACUGUUAGCGAAAUCCAACGUAUUAAUGACCAAGGCCAUGCAGACGAAGAAGAAAAAAUCAAAAACUAUGGCUGGAGGUCACUUCUUGCUCAGGUCAUAGCCACGUCAGUGCCGGCGUUACUUUUGAUCGGUUUGGGAAUGCAACUGACGUUUCCCACAAUCGUUAUUGGUGACUUAUAUAACAACCCAUUAGCUCAAUUUACCAUAUCCGAAUCUCAGUCGUCCUGGUACGGUAGUAUACUGUAUUUGUGCCAGCCGGUCGGUAGUUUUUUAUCUGGAUACUUGCAGGACCGUUGUGGCAGGAGGAGCUGUAUGAUAAUCGCUUGCAUGCCAGCAAUCAUCGGCUGGAUUCUACUGCAAAAAGCCACCUCUAUACCUCUGCUGUACGCUGCCACUUUUGUUAUGGGCAUGGGAGUUGGAUUCAACGACGGUCCGUCGUAUUCUUACAUAGGCGAGAUUACCGAACCUAAAUUCCGGGGCGUCAUGUCCUCGGUGAUCAACUUGGCUUGCGUGAUCGGAACGAUGUCGGUGUACUUGUUGAGCGUUUAUUAUCACUGGACCGACAUGGCCAAGAUAGCCACGUUAUGUCCCGUGCUAUCGCUGCUGAUGGUGGCCUUUAUACCCGAAUCUCCGGCGUGGCUGAUGUCCAAAGGCAAAUACGACACGGCGUUGGACAGUGUUUGCUGGUUUCGCGGUUGGGUCAAACCGCACGUGGUCAACGACGAGUACCGGGAGAUGUUGUGCUACUACUCGUCCAGCAAUCGAGACAAGGCCGGCAAAAAAGAAAACGGACUCGCCUUGCGCCUCAGAUGGAUAAAGAACCCGUUGGUGUAUCGGCCGAUGGUGUUGGUCACGAUUUACUAUUUCUCCACUCUGAUCUGUUGUCUAAUGCCUAGCCGACCCUACUUGGUCGACAUGAUCCGGGAGAUGGGAUUGAACGCGGAUCAUGGCUUGUUUUUGGUGUUGUUCGGAUGGGUUCAGGUCGCCGGCAGUCUACUCAUCCUCUACGCGGUUCCCAAGUACGGCAAAAGAUUGUUGACCUUAGUUACGAUCGGCCUAAACACGGUCGUGGUGUUCGCGUACGGGGCUUCCACGAUGGCCGUCAAGUACGGAUGGAUGGAACCAGUGGGAUACAUACCGAUCAUCGCCUAUUGCGUAGUGCUGUUCAGCGGAUCUCUGGGCCCCAUGAGCUUGCCGUGGACACUGCUCGGCGAAGUCUAUCCCAACGAAGCCAAAGGGUUUGCCGCCGGCAUGUCCACCGCUAUAUUCUACCUGAUGACUUUCGGCACGACUAAGCUGUACUUGACCGUGGAAAUGGCUAUGGGACUGAGCAACGUCUUGUUCACGUCCGCCGUCUUUGCGUCAUUCGGGUUCGUCUACCUGUACAAGUACCUGCCCGAGACAGAAAACCGGACCUUUUCGGAAAUCGAACAGUUUUUCAUGAAUAAGCCGACGCAAACCGAAGCGGAAUUAGUCUAGUUCGAACGUUAAAACCGUGCCGUUUCCUUGAACGCUGACCGACAUACCACUUGGGAUGUCGUUUGUACACUAUAUACGUAUAUUAUAUUGUAUAGUAUACAAUACUUAGACCUAUCGACUGUACAUUGUGACUUGUAAUAUUUUGUUAUUGUAACCGGCGUUCGACGUACUCGUGUAAAUAAUGUUGUCUAGUUGUUUGUGAUAUGUAUGUAUAUAUAUAUAUAA